CCUCUCGCGGGGCGGGCGCCUGCGCCUUGCGGCGCCCGGCGACUUACUUCGCGCCCCGCGCCCUGCCCCGGCGCAUGCGCCGUGAGCGGCGCGGAGUCUGGGCCAGCCAGCGGGGGGGCCCGGCGGGAUCAUGUCCGGGGUGCAGCGCAUGAGGGUGGCCAACGAGCGGCACAGCAAGAGCAUCACCCAGCGCGGGGGCCUGCACCGCGCCCCGAAAGCCCCCCCAGAGGAGAAAGCCGCCGUGGGGCCAUGGUUGCUGGCCCUGUUCGUGUUCGUGGUCUGUGGCUCAGCUAUCUUCCAGAUAAUCCAGAGCAUCCGCCUUGGAGGAUGAUGGGAAAUGCCGCUCUCCCUCCCACUCCUCUUCUCAGGGAAUUCUGGGAUACCUCCUGGACCUCCAGUGACCCUCUGUGAUGUGUUGCAACCCCCCGCAUCCGCCUGCCAACUCUGCCCCCCUUCUUUUUGCAUCCUUGUAUGUUUCCAGCCCGGGGGGGGGGGUGAAGAGGGAGGCUCCCCUUUCGUCUCUCCCGCCCCCGCAGAUGGGGGCGUCCCCCAGAGGUCCUGUGAAGGCAGCCUGGGGUUCGGUCUUGGUGUGGGUGGGGGGGGACUUUUCUCUUUAAAUCUGUGAUUCCCCCCCGCUGCUCCAACCCCUCCUGCCUCGGGUUUCGCAGUGUCUGCCUGUUUACUGGAAAUACAUUAAAUGUUGGGAUUUUUAAUAAAAA